AUGAAACUAUAUUACGAACAUCCGCAAGAUGUUCCUCCUAACACAAUAAAUACACAACGAGCAGUGCCGCCUAGCAAUCAGGUAGUCAACGACUUUGAAGAAGAAUUUGGAUUUGAUGAUCAACUAUCACCAGUGGCCCGAGGAUCCCAUCAAAGAUCUCUAACGCAAAUUUCAUCAAGUUCAACCAAGAUAUUAUCCGUAGCACCAGACAAUGUGCCGAGGUCACCGGCACGUCAACCACUGUUAAUAGAGGACAAUGACAGCAGACCUCCAAAUGUAAGACGUAUACCAAAAGUAUUACAACGACAAUGGAAAUGA